AUGAGUGCGAAUAUGCACAUUUAUGAAAACCGUUUAAACUCUUUUACCAACAAGAAAAAAAAGUGGCCGCACUUGAAUAAAGAAUACAAAGCAACACCUCAAUCAUUAGCUAGAGCAGGAUUCUAUUUUUAUCCGGCAACUCGAUCACCCGAUAAUGUUAUUUGUUAUUUAUGUCAUAAAUCCAUGGAAGGAUGGGAUUCCACUGAUGAUCCAAAUUUAGAACAUAUUUAUCAUUCUUCGGAAUGUCCUUGGGCAAUAUUUUGUUGUAUCUUAAAAAAAGUUUCGGAAGAUGAAGUUUUUGAUGAUUGGGAUGAGAUCGAUACUUUACCUACCUCCAAAAAAAUGGAAGAAUUAAGGGUAAAGACUUAUGGUGAUUGGUGGCCUCAUGAUGGAAAAAAGGGAUGGUUGGGAACUGUUAAAAAGAUGUCCAGAGCUGGUUUCAUCUAUGCUCCAUCAAUUGAAUCAUUAGACAAUGCAAUGUGCGUAUAUUGUGAAGUAUGUUUAAGUGAUUGGGAACAAAGGGAUGAUCCAAUGAAGGAACAUAAGAAAAGAUUUCCUUCAUGUCCUUUCGUUGUCCAAUUCACUCCAAAAGUAAAAAAACAAAGGAGAUCUGAAAAGAUGAUCUCAAAAUUCACAAAAAGGUUUAGAAAUCAGAAAAUUAAUGAUGAAAAGAGUCAUGAAAAGGAUCAUGAAAAGAGGAUUGAAAAGGAUCAUGAAAAGAAGAUUGAAAAGGAUCAUGAAAAGAAGAUCGAAAAGGAGAUCGAAAUGGUGAAUGGAAAAGUAGGAAAAGUAGGAAAGGAUGAUGAAAAAGUUGAAGAAAAGGAAAAAGAUGAUAUAGAGAUUUUAGACAAGAUGGUAGAUCACCUCACAUUAGAUGAACCUUGUGAUAACUUUAUAAGUUAUGAUUUUACGGACUUUGGAAAAGAGGAAGAUAAAAUCAAUCAAUUACAACAGUUUCAACUAGAAUUGGAAGAGGAAUUAAAGGAAGCGAAAAAAGAUAAGGAGGAAGAAAAAGGAAAAGAAAAAGAAAAAGAAGUGGAAGUGAAACAAAUGGAACAACCAGAAGUAGAAAUGCAAUUGGAAAUGCAAUUCGAAAUGCAAUUAGAGAAAGAACCGAAAGAAAAUGAAGUAGAAAUGCAAUUAGAAAAUGAACCGGAAGUAGAGGAUAAAUUGGAAAUGCAAUUGGGAAAGGAAUCCGAAGAAAAGGAAGUGGAAAAUAAUUUAGAAAUGCAAUUAGACAGGGAUUCAGUAAAUGAAGUAGAAGUAGUGAAAGAAAUGGAAAAGGUAGAAGUGAUGAAAGAAGUAGAAAAGGUAGAAGUGAUGAAAGAAGUAGAAAAGAAAGAAGUGGUGAAAGAAGUAGAAAAUAAAGAAGUGAUGAAAGAAGUAGAAAAGGUAGAAGUGGUGAAAGAAGUAGAAAAAGUCGUAGUAGUGAAAGAAAUAGAGAAAGAAAAAUUAGUGAUCGAAGAAUUUAAUUAUGAACUUUUGGGCCUUGGAGAUUAUGAAUAUGAAUUUGUUCAUGAACCACUUAUCGAAUAA